AAAUGCAUGAACACCCAGCGGAAGUUUAGACGGUUAGUGGCGUUCGGUCAAACGAAUUGAACACUGACAGCAAAGAACGAAAAUAUAAAUAAUUUUGCUCCCCUCUGACGACCCAGUUCCCCCCCAUCCCUUACAUAUGGCUUCAAAUUCAAACAUAGAUAUAGAGGGUGCAACCCAGCAUCUUCGUGAUAUAUUAAAGCUGGACCGACCCGGGAACAGCGUUGAUGCUUCUCCAAGUGAGAACCAAAGCAAAACAUCUUUCAAUGGUGAAUUGAAUGGACUUCUGGGAACAGACCUUAUAGGAGCAGGCGACAGGUCAACCAUGGCUGAAUCCACAGGCCCUAAUUCAGAGAACAUGAACACUCAAGAGUGUCAGAUCAUCUGCCUCUCUGGGGAUGAUGGCUCCACUUGCAUUCCCAUCACAUCCAACAAUGUUGAAAUUGUGGCCAGUCGAGACUCAAGCAUUGACAGUAAGGCACGUGGCAGCAACAAGGUAAAAAUCCAGCCUGUCGCCAAGUACGACUGGGAGCACAAGUAUUACUACGGCAACCUCAUUGCAGUCUCUAAUGCAUACCUGGCAUAUGCCAUCCGAGGAGCAAACAACCAGGCCAUGAUCCGUGUGUUGAGCUUGGGCUCGGCAGAGCGCACCCUGUUGAAGGGCUUCACUGGUGCAGUCACAGACCUGGCCUUCGCACACCUGGACUCCACCCUGCUGGGAUGUGUUGACGAGGCCGGUAACCUGGUCAUCUGGCAGCUCACCUGCCAUAGCAGCAAGAUCCAGGAUCAAGUCAUUGUCCACGUCCGGAGGCCUGAGGACACACCUCUGAACUCCAAUAGGAGGUUGAUCUGGUGUCCCUUCAUCCUAGAGGACAAUGAAGAGAACCCUGAGGAUGCCAGCCAGACCCUGGCCUUACUGCAUGAAGACAGAGCUGAAGUGUGGGAUCUGGAGAUCCUCCGCAGCAACAAUAGCACCUGGCCAGUAGAUGCCACUGACCUGAAGGACGGAGUUAUAACCAUAAAAGGACAUACAGAUCGUAUCAGUGAAGGUGCCCUGUCUCCGGAUGGCACAGUCUUAGCCACAGCCAGUCAUGAUGGAUAUGUAAAGUUCUGGCAAAUCUACAUUGAAGGACAGGACCAGCCAAGUCCUCUCCCCGGCUUCUUCCACAGAUGUCUACACGAGUGGCAGCCCCACAACGGGAACCCCCUUUCCUGCCUGCUGUUCUGUGACAACCACAAGAAACAGGACCCAGAUGUUCCAUUUUGGCGCUUUCUGAUUACUGGAGCUGAUCAGAACCAGGAGUUGAAGAUGUGGUGCACAGUGUCAUGGACCUGCCUGCAGACCAUCAGGUUCUCUCCAGACCCGUUCAACUCCUCAGUCCUGCCCUGUCUGAAGGCCAGUCUGGACCUGUCUGCAGAAUGCCUCAUCCUCAGUGACGUACAGAGAAAGGUGUUGUAUGUGAUGGAGUUGUUGCAGGACCAGGAAAAAGGCAGAGCCAGCUUCACAGCCGUGUCAGAGUUCCUGCUCACACACCCUGUGCUUAGCUUCGGUGUUCAGGAUGUCAGCCACAGCCGCCUGUGCCACACGGAGGUCCUCCCACCAGACGAGGAGAGCGAGAGUAUGACUGCAGAUGGCAACCAGGGACCAAUGGAAUCCAAAGCUGGGAUCCAAAUCAAGCUAUAUUGUGUUCACACAAAGUCCCUUCAAGAUGUGCAGAUCUGGUUCCAGCCAAACCUUGGCUCUGGCUCAUCCUUGUUCCUGCCUCACUCGAACUCAAAUAAUGGCUUUGGUUUUUCAGAUCACUUGACAGACAUGAGUGUGGAAGUUUUGAGCUCUGAUAAGGAGUCUGGAUGCGGCUCCGAAAAUGAUCUCUGCAAGAUUCCAGCUCUUGCUGACUUCCUGUCCCCCUCCGGCACUGCUGCUAUGCCCAAGCUCAUGACCCCUGACGCCUUCAUGACCCCCAGUGCUUCGGUCCCAGCCUCCCCAGGCAGCAGUGCCAGCAGCCUGACCAUAGUGACAGCCAUGAGCAGCAACUCUGACAGUGGCGCCAGGGGAGGAGAGGAGCUGACCCAGAGCCCUAAGAUGUCUGUGGAAAGCAACUCCAUCCUCAUCUCAGGCUUAGGGGACAACAUGCCGAUGUACCAUCUUCCACAAGAGACCACUCCUCAUACGCUCAUGUUCCCCCUCACCUACCCCCUCCGCCCUCUACAGGGGCUUCCCUCUUCAAACCCGCCCCUCUCGCUGGACCCGCAGGUCAUUGAGCCUAUGCUGAUUCAGCAGGCCUCUCCUACCCGGGCCCGCUCUCCCGACGUCAUCUCAUCUGCCUCCACGGCCAUGUCUCAGGACAUUCCUGAGAUCGCCUCUGAGACGCUGCAGCGAGGCCUAGGAGGGAUGUCUGGAGCUGAAUCUCGAGAAACUCUCCCAGCCCUCCACACAGACAGCAUGGCUUCUGCAGCCUCAGCUCUUCACCUCCUCCCUCCACGAAACCGGAACAGCUCUGACCAUGGCCACCUGCCCCUGGAGCUGGGUGCUGUAGUGGAGGCUGAACAGAGGCUCAGUAACACCCCCUCACUACUGGAGAACGCCCUGUCACAGGAGAAUGCUGCUGCAGCCGCCGCUGCCUCCUGCUCAGACAACAAUGUGAGCCACCCGUGGCCUGCAGCUCCUGACAUCACACGGGAAACACGCAACAGCCUGCGAGACAAUGGCCUGGGAGACUGCUCGAGGGAGGAAAUUAAGGACAGACACAUGUCCUCUCCAUACCACAGACGCACCUACCACUUAACCCAGAAUGACAGUCAGGACGCCAGUGCAGAACAGAGUGACCAUGACGAUGAGGUGGCCAGUCUAGAGUCGUCUUCAGGGAACUGUGGAGCCAGGUCGUCUCAAAGACUGCCAGUGAAGGAGUGGAAGAGUUCUCCCAGAGGCUCCCCUAAACUAAAGAGGAAGAGUAAAAAAGAUGACGGGGAUGCAUCUCAUGCCUCUCAGUCCAGGCAGCCUGAGCAGCAUCAUCAGCAGAUGAACCCAGAGGUGCUGGAAGAGCUUCUGAUUUUGCUCCGUAACCAGCAGAGGGAGAUAGCGGAGCUCCAUCAGAGUCAGCUGGAGCUGCUUCAGAGAGUGACGGGCCACAUGGAUGCCGUGCAGAGCUCUGUCAUAGCCCACGUAGAGCACGUCAUGGUCAGCCAGCAGGAGCACGAACAGAGGAGAAUGGAGAGAAUCUUAGCAGAGGGACACAGCCGUAACCAGCAGCUCCAGGAGCAUCUCUCGCAGCAGCUGGGUCAAACUCUCAGUAACACCCUUUGUAAUCGUCUGGACAAGACUCUCCGAGAGGAGAUGAAGAAGACUGUUCCUCCCACUAUCACCAAGAGCCUGGAGCCUGUCACUGCCCAGAUGAGUAACACCAUUGCUGCUAAGCUGACUGCUGUGGAGGCAGCACUGAAGGAGAACAUUAGCAAAGUUGUGAAGUCAAAGAACACCACAGAUGCUAUUGGCCGUGCAGCUGCCGAGGCAAUGCAGGGGCCUAUCCAGGCUGCCUACAAGGAUGCUUUCCAGGGCAUUGUGCUGCCUGUGUUUGAGAGGGGCUGCCAGUCUAUGUUCCAGCAGAUCAAUGAGAGCUUUAAGCAGGGCACCCAUGAGUAUAUCCAGCAACUGGAGACCCAUGUGAAGAACAAGAAGCAGCAUGAGCAGGAAGCACGGGAUCCUAUGAUUGGCCAGCUGCAACAGAUGAUUGACACUUUCCAGAACUCAACGGAUCAGCUGGCCACCACCAUCACAGCAAGUGUCCGCUCUGAGGUCCAGCAUCAGCUCCACAUGACGGUGGGAAACUUGCAGGACUCGAUCCUGACCCAGGUGCAGCGCAUUGUGAAGGGUGAGGUGAGUAUGGCCAUGAAGGAGCAGCAGGCAGCUGUGAACUCCAGCAUCAUGCAGGCCAUGCGCUCUGCUGCAGGCACGCCUGUCCCCACCGCACACCUGGACUACCAGGCCCAGCAAGCCAGCAUCCUGCAGCUGCUGCAGCAGGGACAGCUCAACCAGGCCUUCCAACAGGCCCUGUCUGCCUCUGACCUGAACCUGGUUCUGUAUGUGUGCGAGACCAUCGACUCCCAGCAGGUGUUUGGCCAGCAUCCCUGCCCCCUCAUCCAGCCAGUGCUGCUGUCCCUCAUACAGCAGCUGUCCACUAACCUGGCCACACGCUCUGAGCUCAAGAUCAGUUACUUGGAGGAUGCUGUGAUGAACCUGGACCAUGGUGAUCCGGUGACGAGGGACCACAUGAGUGCGGUGCUGUCCCAGGUCCGACAGAAGCUGUUCCAGUUCCUGCAGUCAGACCCACACAGUCCUCUCAGCAAGAGAGCCCGGCGCCUGGUGAUGAUGCUUCAGGGCCUGGUCAAUCACUAGUUCUGUGCUUGGCGCCCAAUGAUGGAGCCCCUUCACUUCCCGGUUCUGCUCCCACAGAGUUAGAACAAUGUGCAGUGAGUUUCGUUGAUGUGCUGAGGGGAGCAGAGCUGUUGUUCAAUAGAUGUGAGCAUGAUGUACAGAGCCAUCGGAAAGUAUUCAGGCCCCUUGACCUUUUCCACAUUUUGUUAGGUUACAGCCUUAUUCUAAAAUUGAUUACAUCGUUUUUUCCCCUCAAUCUACACAGAUUACCCCAUAAUGACAAAGCAAAAAUGUUUGCUAAUUUAUAAAAAAUGAAAAAUUUUAAUAUUACAUUUACAAAGUAUUCAGACCCUCUUCUUGGGUAUGAUGCUACAAGCUUGGCACACUUAUAUUUAGGGAGUUUCUCCCAUUCUUCUCUGCAGAUCCUCUCAAGUUCUGUCAGGUUGGAUGGGGAGCGUCGCUGCACAGCUAUUUUCAGGUCUCUCCAGAGAUGUUUGAUCAGGUUCAAGUCCGGGCUCUGGCUGGGCCACUCAAGGACAUUCAGAGACUUUUCCCGAAGCCACUCCUGCGUUGUCUUGGCUGUGUGCUUAGGGUCGUUGUUCUGUUGGAAGGGGAACCUUCGUCUCAGUCUUAGGUCCUGAUCGCUCUGGAGCAGGUUUUCAUCAAGGAUCUCUGUACUUUGCUCUAUUUCAUCUUUGCCUCGAUCCUGACUAGUAUACUAGUUACUGCCGCUGAAAAACAUCCCACAGGCCUCCCGGGUGGCGCAGUGGUCUAGGGCACUGCAUCGCAGUGCUAACUGCGCCACCAGAGUCUCUGGGUUCGCGCCCAGGCUCUGUCGCAGCCGGCCGCGACCGGGAGGUCCGUGGGGCGACGCACAAUUGGCAUAGCGUCGUCCGGGGUAGGGAGGGUUUGGCCGGUAGGGAUAUCCUUGUCUCAUCGCGCUCCAGCGACUCCUGUGGCGGGCCGGGCGCAGUGCGCGCCAACCAAGGGGGCCAGGUACACGGUGUUUCCUCCGACACAUUGGUGCGGCUGGCUUCCGGGUUGGAGGCGCGCUGUGUUAAGAAGCAGUACGGCUGGUUGGGUUGUGCUUCGGAGGACGCAUGGCUUUCGACCUUCGUCUCUCCCGAGCCCGUACGGGAGUUGUAGCGAUGAGACAAGGUAGUAAUUACUAGCGAUUGGAUACCACGAAAAUUGGGGAGAAAAUGGGAUUUAAAAAAAAUAAAAAUAAACAUCCCACAGCACCAUGCCUCGCCGUAGGGAUGGAGCCAAGUUUCCUCCAGACGUGAUGCUUGGCAUUCAGGACAAAGAGUUCAAUCUUGGUUUCAUCAGACCAGAGAAUCUUGUUCCUCAUGGUCUGAGAGUCCUUAAGGUGCCUUUUGGCAAACUCCAAGCAGGCUAUCGUGUGCCUUUUACUGAGGAGUGGCUUCCGUCUGGCCAGUCUACCAUAAAGGCCUGAUUGGUGGAGUGCUGCAGAGUUGGUUGUCCAUCUGGACGGUUGUCCAUCUGGAAGGUUCUCCCAUCUCCACAGAGGAACUCUAGGGCUCUGUCAGUGGCCAUCGGGUUCUUGGUCACCUCCCUGACGAAGGCCCUUCUCCCCUGAUUGCUCAGUUUGGUUGGGUAGCCAGCUCUAGGAAGAGUAUUGGGGUACCAAAUUUAUUCCAUUUAAGGUGUUCUUGGGACCCUUCAAUGCUGCAGACAUUUUUUUGGUACCCUUCCCCAGAUCUUUGUCUCGAUACAAUCCUGUCUCUGAGCUCUAUGGACAAUUACUUCAAACUUAUGGCUUGGUUUUUGCUCUGACAUGCACUGUCAACUGUGGGACCUUAUAUAGACAGGUGUGCCCCUUUCCAAAUCAUGUCCAAUAAAUUGAAUUUACCACAGGUGGACUCCAAGUUGUAGAAACAUCUCAAGGAUGAUAAAUGGAAACAGGAUUCACCUGAGCUCAAUUUUGAGUCUCAUAGCAAAGGGUCUGAAUACCUAUGUAAAUAAGGUAUUUCUGUUUUUUAUUUUUAAUACAUUUGAAAAAUGUCUAAAAAACCUGUUUUUGCCUUGUCAUUAUUGGUUAUUGUGUGUAGAUUGCUGAGGACUUUUAUUAAAUCCAUGUUAGAAUCAAACUGUAAUGUAAUAAAAUGUGGGAAAAGGCAAGGGGUCUGAAUACUUUCCAAUGGCUCUGCACUCUCUGUACCCUCAACACAUUUUGAUGCAUUGUUCAUCGAAAUGGAACAUUUUGUUUUAUCUUUAAUUUUUACGUGUAGAAAUGGCAAGAACAGACUGGGUUUGCCCUUUUUGGACUUGUGUAGAUUGAAGGAUUUUUUUCAGUGUGAAACCCGCUGUUCAUGAGUACUACGAACCUUGCCAUUACCAUCUAUUUGUCUUUUCCUUGUCAUAUCCACGAGGCUGUUUGAGAAAUACCUAUCCUAAAUGUAGACAGUCGUUACAGAUGGAUGAGCCUUUUAUGUUGUAUUAUGUUUUCUGUAUAUUCAACCAUUCUGUUAAAUCCAGUGUAUUUCGCUUUGAGGGACUUCUACAGUAGGCUUUCAAUCUACACUGUUAGUAUUUCCUUUCUCUGAUAUUUCCGUGUUACUAUGUACAUAGGACAGGAGUAUGCUUGUGGAGUCUUAGAAACUAAAAGGGCCGUCCACAUGUAUAGCUUAAUAAGGUCAACUCUUUUGAUGGCACAUCGACAAAAUUCACUCAAGACUCAGAUUUUUUUUUUUUUUUUUUGCCUUCGUUUUUUUUUAUACCAACAAUCCUUAACAUUUGUAAGACUUGUAUGAUUUUAUGAACUUGCUUCACGACUUAUUGAAGUAUUUAUAAUCCAUAGAAAAUGCUUCUAACAAAUUGUUACUUAUACUGGCCUCGUUUUUGCAUCAGGAUAUCCAAGUUAUGUUCGUAAACCUGAUGUACUUCUCCUGUUCUUUAGAGGGCAGCCCUUUGUUUGAAUGCAAUCACAUUAAUAUUUUUUAGCAUGGUUUCUUUUAGGCAACUUGCAAAGUCUAGUUGGAAAGUUCAACUAACUGGGAGCAUGGCUUAAUGUAUUAAAAAGUAUUUGUCUUCUAAACAAGUUAAAAUUGUCUAAUUAUCUUGGUACAGACCCGUGAAACUCCACAAUGUUGGUUUGCAUUAUGAAUGUCAACAGCACAAUGCCUACUAUGCCACUGGUCAGUUGAUUGUCAUGCAAAUAAGAUGUUGGUUUUCCCUCUCAAACCUUACAUGUGCAGGAACAAAACAUUUAUAGUAAGUGCCUUAUUGUACUUCACUGAUGGGGAUUUGUUCUCCACUACCUUUAGAUGUUGUUAUGCCAUUUGAAACAAUUGUGUAAAUGAACCGUAUUUGCCUGACUGUAAAAGAGUGCGUUACUGGAUUUUUACACACACUUAUCAAUGACUUAUUUUGCAAACAAGGGUUCAAAUGGCACAGGAAGAGCAUCUUUGCAUUAGGAAUACAAACAUGAUUUGACAAUAGACAGGCUGGCUGGAAUAGGUCUUAUCAAUUAUUGGUUAUGUAAUUACACUUUACUGUAAGAGUGAUGGGAAAAGUUUAAACCUAUGCUCAUCUUGUCUUACAAAUUCCAAAAUGUCAAUCUCUGCUAUUGAUGUCUUGUCAUCUAAUUUCAAGGACAGUUAUUUGUUAUGAACGUUCUGGUUCCUUUCUUAGACCUAAAGCAGAAUGAAGGGGACAUAGGGCAGUGUGAGCUAAGCUUGGAGGUGUUUCUUGCCAGUCCUGCACACUAGUCCUGAGACAUGCUUAGUUUACCAGGUCAGAAUUAUGUUUGACCAUAGUAGUGGUUUGUUUGAUAAGCUCCAAUUUAUUUAACAUGACUUGUUGAAAGUUGAUUCUCAACUCCCAGUUUUUCUUUGCUUCAAUUAUUUGAGUUUCAUCAGUGAACACUAUAUAGUUGCUAGGUCAUCUUCAGCUGCUGAUUGAUUGACAAUAAGCUAGGUAUGCCUGUAUGUUCAGGAGAACCAUGCAUAAAAAGGCAAACUACUACAUUCAAGGUUAUAAGCCAUCUGUAUUACCAAGCCACAAAGCUGUGUAAAGCAGGCAGUAAUGUAUUUUUCUCGAAGGUUGAGAGUGAGGACGAAUCUGUCCGUGAUGGAGGACAUUGAUGAUCCAUCUUUUAUUGUAUUAAGUUACAUGUCUGGUAACUGGAAUAGCAGUUGUUUGACCUGAAGUGUAAAAGCAGGAUGGUUUCGAAGCUCUUAGUUUUACUUAUGUUUCAUAUUGAUCAAGGUUAAGCAACAAGAAUCAGACACGAAUGUUGAUAAUAGUACGCUUGUACAUAAACGCUAUACAAUCUAAAUAUUUUUUUCUAAUUUUCAAAAACAGUGAAAUCAUGUUUUGUGUAUUACUCAUUUUGAUCGUUUGUAAUUUCCAUCGUGCUUUGUUCCCUGUGCUUGGAUUGUUGUAUAUUUUACUUGUUUCUUUUACCCUAAACGUUUUGGAAUAAAACAAAUAAAAAAAAUGGUUAA